AUGCGCGCGCAGCCAGAGCGUGCCCCCCCUCCCCCAACACGCAGACCCAUGCGCGCGCAGCCAGAGCGUGCCCCCCUCCACACACGCAGCCCCAUGCGCGCGCAGCCGGACCGUGCUCCCCCCCCCCCCCACACGCAGCCCCAUGCGCGCGCAGCCGGACCGUGCUCUCCCCCCCCCCCCACACGCAGCCCCAUGCGCGCGCAGCCAGAGUGUGCCCCCGCCCCCCACUCCACACACGCAGCCCCAUGCGCGCGCAGCCGGACCGUGCCCUCCCCCCUCACGCGCGCAUCCCCGAGUGCGCUGCUGGCACGUCCUCGGCGCGAGUACUUGCGAGCCGCCGGCACGGCGCAGCCCUAG